UUUUAAUUUCUUUACUCUCUUGCGUUCCUUCCCUUUCUCUUCAGACAAAGCAUCAAAUUUCCCUGUUUUAUGUUUUUGUUUCGUUUCUUUCAUUUCCAAAUUCCAACAGUACCCAAACAAAAUCUAGAAACAGUGAUUCGUUUCCUGUUUCAGACAUAAACCUCUGUGUGUGUGUGUUUUCCUCUUUAUUUUGCAGCUUUUGAACCCUUCUUCAUAGACAAAAAAGAAAACAACUCUUCCUUGUCCGAAAACGAGAAACCAUGCAUAGAAAUGAGAAAAUGAGAGAAAACCCAUCUUUCUCUUCUACGCUGCUUGACAAAAUCUAUCGUUCCAUCGAUGAUGGCGACACCAAAGUUGGAGACAUGAAGUUCUACAGUGAGACAAUGCAGAAGACAAGUACCAAAAUGUCGAGUUUACAGCGAGCUUGUUUGAUUGAGAAAUGGAUGGAAAAGAAGGUUAGUGAGAAGGCAAAUGCAGACAAGAAGAAGAAACAGGUUGUUUCCGAGUUUGUAAGAAAAUCAUCACAUCAUGAACAUGAUCAUGACCAUGAACUUGAUCAUGAUGGUGUUUUCUUUAGUUCCACUUCAAUCUCAUCUGAUUCCAGUUCUGGGGGUUUUUCAUUUUCAUCAUCUGACACUGAAUCCAUUUACGGUACUACAACGAAAACUAAAGCUUCAUCCUGUUUUGUUCCACCAUGGCUGAAACCUGUCAAAACAGGGGGAGGAGGACGAGAGAGAAUGGAAGAAAGGGCGGACAUGAAAAUUUAUGGCAACUUAAAGAAAGUGAAACAACAACAACAACCGAUUUCACCAGGUGUCCGUCUCGCAAGUUUCAUCAAUUCUUUGUUCACGACAGGCAAUUCAAAGAAAAAAACCAAGGGUUCAUCAUCAUCAACAACGACAACAUCGGGGCAGGUGUCGUCGUGUUCUUCAGCUUCAUCGUUUUCAAGGUCAUGUCUAAGCAAGAACUCGGCUCCGGGGCGAGAAAAGUUGCGUGACGGGGUUAAAAGAACAGUUAGGUUCUGCCCCGUGAGCGUAAUCGUGGACGAAGACAGUAGACCGUGCGGGCAAAAGUGCUUAAACGAAGAACGAGGGUCGAAGUCGAAAUUGCCGUCGGUUUCGGUUUCGAAUGCAUGGAAAAUAGGGAAAUCGCCAUCGACGAAGCGCGAGGAGGAGAUGAAGGUUCAAGCAAUGGAGAAGACGAGGCGAGUUGAAGAAAUGGCCAGAGAGUUUUUGAAAGAGUAUCAUCUAAACCAGAAAAAGAACAAUUUAAUUUCAAGGGAUUCUCGCAGAGAUUGUGAAGAUGAAGAUGAUGCAAGUAGCUGUUCGAGUUCGGAUUUAUUCGAGUUAGAUCACCUUGUUCUUUUAGGUAACCAUAGGUAUGAAGAAGAGCUUCCCGUGUAUGAAACUACCCAUGUUCAAACAAAUCGAGCCAUUGCUAAUGGCUUCCUAGUCUAGUUUUCUUUUGUUCACAAUAUACAGAGAAACAAAAAAUUUCAGCUUUAACUUUGUGUUUGUUUUUUUCUUUAUUUCGUUCCUUGUUUAAUUUAAUCUAAUUAUGAUUUUUGUAUGUUGAAAUUUGAGGGUUUAGUCUCUUUAAUUUGAGAUAAUUUAGCCUAUACUUCUAUA